AUGGCGUGGAGUACUAUUUUGACUGAUAAGAGUCAUACUUUAGUUGAUGCGAAAUAUCUUCCUUUAUCCAGACAUUUAGAUGGUACAAAUAAAUACGCAUGGGGUACUGUUGCACUUCUAGUCCUUUAUGACUACCUUUCAUAUGCCUGCUGUUAUGACACCAAACAACUAGGUGGAUAUAUUACGCUGCUUCAGUACAAGGUCCAUGAGUACAAACGUAUGAUUGACGCAUUGACACAUGCAAAUGUCAUAUGGAGACCAUGGGAGAAUCACAGGGAUGUCACUCCCUUUGUUGAUGUCAUGUUCUAUAUUGCUCACCUCCGAUUAUGCAGCACAGUAGUGAAAUAUCUGUUAGAGAGGUGUUUUAGAUAA